GCGCGGCCCAGGUGAGGGGCGGGCCCGCCGGGCGGAUCUGCGCUGCGCGCCGGCGCCGGCCCGGGAGCCGGAUUUGGAGCGCUGGGCGCCGGCAGGGCCGGAGGGGGCGGCUCGGCGGAGCCUCCCGUGGCCUCGGACGCUCCUCCUAGCCCGCGGCCGCCGCCCGCCUCCGCCUGCGCCUCCAGCUCCGUCGCCCCGGCCGGCCGGCCGCCACUUCCGGCCGCUCACCUGGGACGCGCUCACCUGGGACGCGCUCACCUGGGACGCGCUCACCUGCCUCGGGGCGCCUGGGCACCAGGAUGAAGGACCGGCUGGAGCAGCUGAAGGCCAAGCAGCUCACACAGGAUGAUGAUGCGGAUGAGGUCGAGAUUGCCAUUGACAACACGGCUUUCAUGGAUGAGUUCUUUGCAGAGAUCGAGGAAACUCGUCAGAACAUCGACAAGAUCUCAGAGCACGUGGAAGAGGCUAAGAAACUCUACAGUAUCAUCCUGUCUGCACCGAUUCCUGAGCCAAAAACCAAGGAUGACCUAGAGCAGCUCACGACCGAGAUCAAGAAAAGGGCCAACAACGUCCGGAACAAACUGAAGAGUAUGGAGAGGCACAUUGAGGAAGAUGAGGUCCGGUCGUCCGCAGACCUUCGGAUUCGGAAAUCCCAGCACUCCGUCCUGUCCCGGAAGUUUGUGGAGGUGAUGACCAGAUACAACGAGGCUCAGGUGGACUUCCGCGAACGCAGUAAAGGGCGAAUCCAGCGGCAGCUCGAAAUCACUGGCAAAAAGACCACAGAUGAGGAGCUGGAGGAGAUGCUGGAGAGUGGGAACCCUGCCAUCUUCACUUCUGGGAUCAUCGACUCUCAGAUUUCCAAGCAAGCCCUCAGUGAGAUUGAAGGGCGGCACAAGGACAUCGUGAGGCUGGAGAGCAGCAUCAAGGAGCUUCAUGACAUGUUUAUGGACAUCGCCAUGCUGGUGGAGAAUCAGGGAGCCAUGAUUGACCGUAUCGAGAACAACAUGGACCAGUCAGUAGGCUUUGUGGAGCGGGCCGUGGCGGAUACCAAAAAGGCUGUCAAGUAUCAGAGUGAAGCUCGGAGGAAGAAGAUCAUGAUCAUGAUCUGCUGUAUUAUCCUUGCGAUCAUCUUAGCUUCUACCAUUGGGGGCAUAUUUGCCUGAAAAAGGUGAGCCAUUUGUGGGGAGAUGAUUUUUUUCUUUCACUUACUUGAAACUCUUACAUGCUUAAAAGCACUUGUCGCUGGUUCCCCAGAUUUGGGAGGGAACAGGUAUUAGACUAGAAAAAGGCUGGAGAGAACUAUGAAAAAAGGUUUCAUAGAGAAGUACGGAUGAAUAACGAGUUGGCCAUAGAUGGGGAGGCAGGGGGCAGUCUGCUCUGUUUAGAAUGAUUUAUAGAAGGAUGUUGACUUCCAGCAGCAAAAUUUGGGUGGUGGUGUCUGGGAAUGGCUAAAGGAGAAAGAAUUAGUUCUUGCACUGGAAGCACCCCUCUUUAGUAGGAGAGAGCCAGCCAGUAACCCCAGAGUAAAUUAAUGUCCUCUCUUUGAGGGUUAGGACCGUUAGUGCAGACUUGCCGAGUAGACUCUUUGCCCCUGCAGAGGAAGCACUUGGUGAUCCUGGAUUCAAACCUCCUGUUGUAUAACCUGUGAUUUUCUUCCCCUUCCAUUACCCCUUGUAGUCCUCACCGAUGGAGCCUCGGCCGGCACUUUUAAUCCUCCUUCCACUUUCUGUGGUGCCAUCACUUCUCCACUGCAGAUUCCUCAACAGCUACUCCUUUCCACUGUGAAACCUAGGACAUUGGGUCUCCAUCAACCACCUCUUAAAAGUUAUGCAAAGGUAGACUUAGGACAGUGCGGGAUGGGGGGGGGGCAGGGCUGAAGGAACACGAGCUGGUUAGGAAGGUGGUGUCAAGGAGAGGCUGAGGGGUAGAGAACACGUGCUUGUUGGGGAAAUAAAACAGAGCCAGGCAGGUAUUGGAGCACAUCCAGCUCAUCAGCAUUUAAUUUUCUCUGACCAGUACCAGGCCUGUUACGUCUGGUCUUCAGGUUCUUCUAGGUCUCACCUUCGACCAACGCUCCAUCUACUUUCUUCUUCAGGGUCUGAUAGUCUAAAGUGAAGAUGGUCUAACCACAGGUGCCACGCAUGUCUUGCUCACAGCUGCGUCCCCAGUCCUUAGUACAGUGCUUGCCACUUCCAGAUGUUCAAGGAUGGGUUGACUUAAUUAGCUGUAAUUAAGCUCUGAUUUCUGCUCACGGUUGAGUCCGUGGGUUUUACUUUGAAACCUUUUAAGGCAUCAGUGGUAAGUGGGUUUGUUAGUAUGAGAGGCUGUGUGCAAAUACCUGUGAAGGGGCUGAUUCACUUAUGCAAAUACAUGACAGGCUUCCCACUACUGUGACAUGGUCUUUUUUUAUGAAUGGCGAUGGGAGUUGACAGUCUCUCACUCUCAAAGACUGCUGGUCCCAGGAUUGUGGCUCCCAAACAAAAGAAACAGGUUUAUACCAUGACUGAACUCCCAACAAGCAUCAGGACCAUGCUCUAUGAACUGUAACAGAGAGGAAAGGUCAGGUCAGAAAAGUGACAGGCAGCUACCACUUGCAUCGUUUCUUACAUGGUUCAUGUUGCUAGGUGAAACUGAAUUUUCUUGGCCAGCAGUGUGCCUAAAACUAUCCUGAACAAUUCAAAGUUCAGAUGUGUUCUAAUGCAAUUUAGUAAUUAUAUUACAAGAGCUUCACUACAAAUACAUUAACCACCACCAUGUGCAACUCUUGAGGACCAUGUAACUGUUUAGAUAUAAUUGCACUUUUGAAAGAUUACUUUCUUUGCCACAUGUCUUUUUUAAGAAAGCGGGAUUAAAAAAAAAAAGCUGACGUUUCAAGUCAGUGUGCUCUUUCUACCCAUUUUCAAAAGCAAAUGGUGUACGAUUUCUGUCCAUUUGUAUUUCUUUCAGUUUGAAUGGGGGAUAGAAACCUGCUGGGUAGUUCUGGAAGAGAAUGAAUCUUGUUACAGACCAGACAGGAAGGUGGAGCCAUGGGGAUUUGAGAUACAUGGGGCCUUUAUUCAUCCAACAGUAACUAGUUGAGUGCUGUGCGGCACCGCACUGUCCUAGAACCUGUGGGGCCACAAAGGUAGAGCCAAAUACAUGCCCUCCUCGGAGUUUCAGACCUAGGAAAGGCCAACUUCAACUUUUAUCACUUACUUGUGUUAAAAGGCAAGGGUAUGUUCCUUAUCAUAUUGUCCAACAUUCCCCUUUGUCUUCUAAAAUUGAGAGAUGGGUAGUUGGGCAUAAAUAAAUAUCUGUUGAAUUAA